AUGUUAUACACGGAUUUUAGAAACAAGCAUCAACAUAAAUCAUCAUCAUCAUCAUCAUCAUCAUCAUCAUCAUCAUCAUCAUCAUCAUCAUCAUCAUCAUCAUCAUCAUCAUCAUCAUCAUCAUCAUCAUCAUCAUCAUCAUCAUCAUCAUCAUCAUCAUCAUCAUCAUCAUCAUCAUCAUCAUCAUCAUCAUCAUCAUCAUCAUCAUCAUCAUCAUCAUCAUCAUCAUCAUCAUCAUCAUCAUCAUCAUCAUCAUCAUCAUCAUCAUCAUCAUCAUCAUCAUCAUCAUCAUCAUCAUCAUCAUCAUCAUCAUCAUCAUCAUCAUCAUCAUCAUCAUCAUCAUCAUCAUCAUCAUCAUCAUCAUCAUCAUCAUCAUCAUCAUCAUCAUCAUCAUCAUCAUCAUCAUCAUCAUCAUCAUCAUCAUCAUCAUCAUCAUCAUCAUCAUCAUCAUCAUCAUCAUCAUCAUCAUCAUCAUCAUCAUCAUCAUCAUCAUCAUCAUCAUCAUCAUCAUCAUCAUCAUCAUCAUCAUCAUCAUCAUCAUCAUCAUCAUCAUCAUCAUCAUCAUCAUCAUCAUCAUCAUCAUCAUCAUCAUCAUCAUCAUCAUCAUCAUCAUCAUCAUCAUCAUCAUCAUCAUCAUCAUCAUCAUCAUCAUCAUCAUCAUCAUCAUCAUCAUCAUCAUCAUCAUCAUCAUCAUCAUCAUCAUCAUCAUCAUCAUCAUCAUCAUCAUCAUCAUCAUCAUCAUCAUCAUCAUCAUCAUCAUCAUCAUCAUCAUCAUCAUCAUCAUCAUCAUCAUCAUCAUCAUCAUCAUCAUCAUCAUCAUCAUCAUCAUCAUCAUCAUCAUCAUCAUCAUCAUCAUCAUCAUCAUCAUCAUCAUCAUCAUCAUCAUCAUCAUCAUCAUCAUCAUCAUCAUCAUCAUCAUCAUCAUCAUCAUCAUCAUCAUCAUCAUCAUCAUCAUCAUCAUCAUCAUCAUCAUCAUCAUCAUCAUCAUCAUCAUCAUCAUCAUCAUCAUCAUCAUCAUCAUCAUCAUCGUCAUCAUCAUCAUAA